UUUCAUUUGCAUUUGUCUUCAACGGUGCAUAUAAAUUCAUGCUACUCUUGUAUUUUGAGUGACACAUAAUGGAAGAAAAUUCUCUCUCUCUCUCUCUCUCUCUCUCUCUCUCUCUCUACCAAAGAUCUUCUUCUUUCUUUUUUAUUUUUUCACAAACAUAUAAAUUUUACAAAAAAUAAAAUAAAAUCUAAAUAUAGAUUUUCAAUUACAAUAUUAAAUAUAGUAAAUAUGCAUAAAUUUAAAUAACUUAACUAUAUAAAAAUUAUAGAUAUUGUUGUAUGCAAUGUUUCAAAUCAAGACCUCAGGCUUAAUGGGCUACUCUGCAACUGCAUCCGUCAUUCCCUCAACCUCCGCCCUCCUCCCCAGCCACAAUCGCCGCCAAAGCCUCUCCUCAACUCUACAAACCCAUUUCACGCGCCGUCCCCUCCUCCUCCUCUCCACAGCCCUCUCGCUCCCUCCCUCCCCCUCUUCCGCCAUCGCCGCCGCACCGCCGCCGCCGCCGCCGCCGCCGCCGCCGGACACCACAAUCACUGACAGAGUCUUCCUGGACUUCAGCCUCUGCCCCACCUCCUUCUCCCCGGGCCGAGCCCAGGACCCAUACCCGUGCCCGGACCCGCAGCCCAUGGGCCGCCUCAUCCUCGGCCUCUAUGGCAAGCUCCUCCCCCUCACUGUGUCCAACUUCAAAGCCAUGUGUACGGGUUCCUCCGGUUCCUCCUACAAGGGCACUCUGGUCCAGAAAAUCUUCCCCGGACAGUACUUCCUCGCCGGCCGGCAGGGCCGCCGUGACAAGGGCGAGGUUCCUCGGCCAGUGGAUCUGGCCCGGAACAAGGAGACCGUCGAUUAUCGGGCCUUCGUUCUUCCGCACUCGAGACCCGGGCUUGUUUCGCUGUGUUUAUCGGAGAAUGACGACGACGACGAGAUUAAGUUGGAUCCCAAUUAUCACAAUGUUGAGUUUUUGAUCACGACGGGGCCUGGCCCGUGCCCUCAGCUUGAUUCUAAGAACAUUGUUUUCGGAACAGUUGUUGAAGGGUUAGAUGUGGUGACAGCCAUAGCUUCCAUUCCCACUUACAAACCAGCUGAAAGAAUACGACAAUUUAAUGAAUUGGCUGAGUUUCUUGGUGAUGAAAGAGCCCAAACUGCCCGAGCAAUAUGGAACAGGCCUAUUGAGACAGUGUAUAUCAGUGACUCUGGAGAACUCAAAGUGGCAAAGCCAUCCCUUUCACCUAGCCUGCCAUAAUAAUAUAAUGCCAUUACUAACAAUCAGUAAGGAAUAACUGCAUUUAUAUAUUACUUUGAUGUAAAUUACUUUUUCUUAGAAUUAUAAUCUGUUGUAAAUUAUAUUUAAGAUAGAAAGAAAUGACUUCGUAUAAAAUCUUCAAUAAAAAUUCUUUGGGGUUGGAAUAAA